CUUACAUCCACGUAAUUACGUGGAUUUGGUGCGAAUAGACACAGCGUUUUUUUUUGGGAAUGCAAAAAUAACUCAAAAAUGGCUACUUCGCUCGCAGAACAACUUAAAAGGCUAAAGACACCUCAGACUGCGUUACUUUUGCAGGACAAGCGCAAGCCAAGUUUGUUAUUUGACACAAAGGAGGCUGCUAAUCUUGACAGGAACACUGUUUAUAGUAUUGGUUUAAGUGGUUUGGAUGAAUUAAUAAAAUUAUGUAAGGUCUUUGAUGAGUUCAAACGGACGUUAUUUGCAAUGGGUUCUUUAAAUUUAGAACGUGCAGUGCAAGAUCAAAAAGCUAAUAAAAAAUUAGAUGCAGAAAUUAAUAGGUUUUUAGUGCUACUCUCGCCAUAUUUCCUGCUGAACAUAGCACACAAGGCAUUGGAAUGGCUCAUUAACAGGUAUCACAUCCACAAAUACAACAAAGAUGCAUACAUGUUGUUGAUACUGCCUUAUCAUGAAAGCAGGAUAUUUGUCAGAGCACUGCAGCUAUUAGAUUUGUCAGAGCCUAGUGAUAGAUGGCAUUGGAUCAGUCCUAUUCAAAAGACUCGUAACCCAUUGCCUCCAUUAUCAGUUGUUAAUCAAGCAGCUAGGGAUAAUGGUUUUCUCAAGCUUAUGUGUGAACAUGUUGUUAUUGCAACUGAAAUUUAUGGGGAUCAAGCAAACUGCUUAAAUACUCUUUAUGGUUUUUAUACUUGUGUUGUAGCAGGAGGAAUCAGACAUUCUCAAGUUGUUAAUGAUGUACAGUUUAAUCAUAUUCUGCCCGCUUUGUUAAAAGGAUUACAUAGUCAAAUAGCAGAAUUUGCAGCCAGUUCUUAUAUAAUUCUUGCUGAAACUAUUUGCAAAAUUAAAGUCAAAGAAAAAACAUUGAAUUCAAUGAUUUCAAAGGCUAUAAAAGAAACAAUAUUGCCUCAAGAAGUAAUGAUUUUGACAAUAUUUUUGUAUGACAAUCCUCAUAACAGUUUAUCUGAGGUUUCUGAAAAAGUGAUGCUUAGAUUAUCAACAAAGAUAUGGUUCAUUGAAAUUAUUAUCAAAAUAAAGAAUUCAGGAGUAGAUAUUUCUAAAUUCAUCAUUCUCUUUCUCAAUUCGGCAUUUAGUUAUAUUGCACAACCUAAAUAUUUUAACGAAUCGGAGCAUGUCAAGAAAACAAUAGAAAGAAUCUUUGAUCAUGUCUCAUUCGAAGACAAUGAAGUGUUAUCAAUACUCCAUACUACGUUAGCAGAUGUUUCAGAGGAAAAAUCUCAAGAAAUCAAGGAGUAUUUCAUGAACUUGUAUCAAUCUAUUGAAAAAAAAUACCCAAUUUCUUUUGACAAGUAUUUGAAUGAGCUGAUGAAUUCUAAAGAAUUUGACGAAAAGGCAAAUAAAAUCUUCAAAUUCUUCCUGUCGUGGUACUCGAAAGCUGGUAUAUCGUUAGAUAUUUUUACGGGGCUGAACCAUUACAGUGCUGAACAGAGGAUUAUCGCAAUUGAGAAAAUUGGCAAAAAAAAUAUAACCAUACCAGAUGAUUUUAAAGAAAUAGUUAACAAAUCUCUAUUGUCAAGAUUCAACGACGAUGAUAAUAGGGUAAUAGAGGCUCUGUUAAAUCUGCCAAUGCGUUUUCUCCAGAGUACUUUUGAUCAAGAUACAUUAGUCGACGAGCUGAUAACACUAGUUUCUAACUGUCACACCAAACACACGAAAAAAUGUGCUAAAUCUGCUCUCAAAGUAUUAUUGAAACUUUGCGACGAGAGUGACGAUGUCAAUGUAUUUUUAGUCACGGUGCCAUUCUUGUUUCCAAUGGAGAACGAGGAUGUCGCGAUUGUGCAACAAAUAUUGAAAUCUGAUUUUGCUAAAAGGAAUUUGUAUUUCAAAAAAGUUGCUGAGGAAAUAGGAAACUCAACCGAUGCCGAGUCCGUGAGAUUGGUGGCUUUCCACAACAUCCUCACCGCCGAUCUGCUACCACCUGCAGUCAACAUUCUUUCUGCGAUCAAACAACAAAUUCCACAUGGUGACGCUGCUUCGGCCUUUUUUAAUAUGAUUAUUAUGGGAUCAGUUUGCCGAGUACCGGUUCGUACCCUCAAGCUCGAAAUAGCCAGAGAAGCCGUCGAAAUAGCUGCUGAAAUGAUUAAAACUUUCCCCAAUGUCUUACCCCUCAAAGAUGUCACCCACAUCAGCGCUAAUAGUCUUCUGAAUGCUCUGAAGUACGUCUACAAAAAGUCGCUACCACUUCAGGUCAACACCUUUGUUCUGGAACAGGUUCACAGGCGCCUGAACCUAAACAACAACUCGACCUUUGAUUUCGAAAAUGAUUCUGAAAGGACGCAGUUGAUCCUUCGAGUUUUGGAAAUCACCUUUGAUGGCAUAUUUUAUCGUCAAUGGCACAAAGAAUAUCAGAAGUGGGAAGAACAUUACAAGUGGUUCUUGAAGAUUUUUUUCACGUUGCACUUCAAAAACGUGGAGGAGGCACUGAAGUUCUUCUCACAGUUCUUUUUGAAGCCGAUCAAGUCAGCGACGUCGUACAAAGCUCUGCAGAUUUGCACGACUCUUCUCGAAAACUACAAGCCAACACAGGAGACGCCUGAUACCAUGGAGAUGAAGGAUAAAAAGCUCCAGUUUUUCCUGUGGGUACUUAACGACAGGACUUUUUUGAUGAACUUGUUGUUUGCUCUCUGCUCAGAAGUCAAUCUUUGUCGCGAGGUUGCUGUAAAUAUACUGAACAAGCUGUCUCAACUUGAAAGUACCGGAGAUACUACAAAAGAUAAAAAUAAAAAAAAUAUUGAAAGUGUGAAAGGUAUCGAAAGUGCCGCGAUGAAAGCAUCUCAUGUGCUUCUCAAAGAACUCAAUGACUCGAGUCAAGAAUUUGCCUUGGACGCAAACCAAUUGUCGGUACACUUGUACACAUUGUUGUCACCAGAUCCGGAUGUGAGUUCUCAUCUAAAGCCAACACUUCGAACCGAUUUAGAGACAGCCCGAGAAUUACUGUUCGAGGCAACUCUGUCGGAUGAUGUGCCUGUACACGUUCGUGCUCAAUUGCUCGAUAUAUUAAUUUACGUCAACGGACCUAAUAUUUUAAUGAGCCUUGUACCGAUGUGUAAGAAAAUGUUGGACACAGUCACCGAAGAUAAGGUAUUCGCGCAGAAAGUUAUAAAAAAUAUUCUUCAGAGAUUCGAUAGCAGUUCGGUCGAGGCAUUAAGAGACAAUCAUUGUUGGGGAUUCUUUAUGGAAUGCGUGUCGAAUUGUAAAACCCAAAUUGCCACGGAUAAUGGCAAACAGUACGUCAACGUUAUUAUUUUGAAGCAAGUCGACAACAUAUUCUUUAACCAGAUGGGAGAAAUAUCGAGAAACUUACAAAAGGAAUUUUUGGCAAAACUUGUAGACAUCGUAACCGAUUGCGACAUUGAUCCGAUUCUUUUGGUGACAACAAGAUUAGUGAAGAAGAUACAGAUAGACGCUCAGCUGGUCGUAGACGAACUGAAGCUCAUGUCGAUGAUUGAGGACGAAGCGGAAGCUCUAGAUGCGAAAAGAUCGACGAGGCCGAGAAGGAAGAGCAUGGCUAGGAGACGAAGUAAUUACAGUCCUGAGCUAGUAAAUAGCAGGAAAUGGAGGCGUGGAGUAACGCUAUUGGAGUUUAUCCAGCACACUAACAACAUCGAAAACGAGGAGCUGUUGAUUCCAGUUCUGUUCGAGCUGCUAAAGACGUGUCUGUGCUUCGAAGAGCAGAGCCCGGUCGAGUACACGUACCAGCUUAUCCUAUCGACGAUCCACCACCUUACCACAAAGUCUGUGCCGAAGAAAGAGGCCGACAAUUACGUGGAUUUGAUCGCUCAGUGCAUUCGCACGUCUCGCAACCCCCAGACUCACCAUCACGCUCUUCUCGUACUGGUUGAACUCUUCAAACACGCGGAUGUCCAGAGAGCACUGCAGAACAUCAUGCCAAUUUUCACGUUCAUGGGAAGUACUGUGCUGAGGCAGGACGAUGCCUACUCUAUUCAGAUAAUAUCGAAGACGAUCGACACCGUGGUGCCGAUCAUCAACGCUAGCAACGACGUGAAUCACGUCUGUGAGAUUCUCAGACUAUUCGUCACAUCCUUGCCUGAUAUACCCGAGCACAGGCGUGUGCCUCUGUUUGUUAAGCUGCUACAGCUGCUCGAUAACUACCUGCACAUGUAUUAUCUGCUCACGUUCGAAAGCCACGUUUUAUCAAAGAGCGUCGAGCCAUCGCAAGAAAAGGAGUCCGAGAGACUGAGGUUCGCCCUAUUGAUGUCGCAAGAGUUUCCAGUACAGAAGAUCACUAGAGUUUGCGUUCUUCUAGUUGAGUUCUUGCGAGAAUUGCCUGUUGAAAUCCAAGGCAACAACAAAGUUAUCAAUUAUCGAAGUAAACACCUAUUCGACGUCGAAAACAACACACCGAAACACUUGCGCCACUACAAAUAUACAAUCGUGCGUUUCUUGAGCACAUUAUUGUCCAGUCCAGACUUUAUUAACCGAGUGGCUGAGUUAAGCGAUUCCGAGGUCGACGAUUUGAUACCGAUUUACAACAAAUUUAUAAUCGAGCUGAUGUUGUACAUGCAAAACACUUCGAAAAACGCGGAAGUGAAUCAGGGCAAACCAGAUGGAAAAUAUUGGCGCGUCAUGUUGCACGGUCUCUACGACAUUCUCGAUCUCAUUAAUAAUCUUUUGCCGAAUAACGUUUUUAUAAAUGGUAUCGCGAGGUUGAUUCAACACGAUUCGUUGACUAUCAGGAGAAGAGCCUUGGAGUUGCUAAAUGCAAGAUUAGCGCAGAAAAAGUUCUUUGACGAGGAUCACAAUCACUUAAUGACUCUUGUCGAGCCAGUUAUGGGAAUUUUGGGUGGGCCACAUAAGUUUGUUAAUCCGGAGGUGGAGCUUAUUCAACAGACGGCUUUGAUAACAUUGAAAUUAAUGGCCAAGUUAUUGGCUUCUGACAGACCAAGUGAAUUCAAACCGAUUCUUGAUUUGGUGACUGAACUCGUCCACAAACGCGAAGGUCCAGUACUUGGAAGUGCAGUACUUUGUGUUGCGGAACUGUGUAGUUCUAUGAGAGCUUACGCGAUACAGGGUCUCAAUAAAUUUGUGCCGGCUAUUAUUAAACUAAUGGGAAAGCACUGCACUCAAGAAAUCCCAGAUAUUUUAACCACAAGUAUAAUCAGCGCGCUUCAAAAGAUCGUCGAGUCUCUGGGAAAUUUCUUGUCACUUAAUCUUGACAAACUAUUGUACGAGCUUGCACGGUUAAGUUUACUUUACAAAGACACAGAGCAUCCGAAGAUUGGUCCGGUGGCGGCUCGAUUGAAUGCCACAACGCAAAAGUUGACCAGUUUUCUUCCACUGCGAAUAUUACUAAAAGCCACAGAUGAUACCUACCAAAAACUUCUGACCAAAAAAUCGUAUCAAUACAUUUCUCCACUCAUGAACAUAUUUGCCCAGUCGUUCAUUAAUGUCCAAAUGUCUGAUCUAAAGCAUAUAAUCAACACUUUGGCCAAUUUCUUUUUGAAAGUACUUCAGUUCCGUGAAGAAGUUACAAUAAACAAGGGUGAUAUGGAAGUGGAGGAAGAAGCAACGUUGCAGGAUGUUAUUAACGUGGAAGAAAGUGCGAGCAACGCUCUGAUUGCAUUAAUUCGUAAGUUAAGUGAAAAUAUAUUUAGGCCACUGUAUUACAAGAUGUACGACUGGGCUGCAAGGAAUCCACACCACAAGCAGAGAAACAUAACGUUCUACAGGCUAUCUGCAACCGUAGCAGUACAUCUCAAAGUAUUGUUCCUCAUAUUUAUCGGUCACACUCUGAAACAUGCAGCCUCUUUAUUGACCGGAAACAAUAUUAUCAACAUCAACAGUGAAGAGCCAUUAGAGACGACGCUUCCCGACGAAGCAAGCAGAAUAGAACUAAUCGAAGAAAUAUUGCUCAUGUUCCAGCGAGCUUUUAACUAUGACGAAAACGGUUAUGUUAACCAAGAAAGAUUUGAAACGCUAAUGCAGCCGAUCGUUGAUCAGUUGGAGAAUAUAGCGGGUGGCAGAGCGGCUUACGAGAAACGAGCAAACGACUUGAUUGUUCCGUGUGUCGCAGCCUUUGCUGGUGCGAUAAAUGAUGAAACGUUGCACAAACAGCUGGUGUAUCAAGUCUUAUUGAAAACGAGAAACUCCAAGUCUUACGUGCGAAGUGCUGCGUUGGCCGCAAUUGUGGAGAUAGCGCAAAAGUUAGGAGAAGGUUUCACGAUAUUGUUACCAGAGACGGUGCCAUUCUUGGCAGAAUUAUUAGAAGACGAGGAUGAAGUGACGGAAAAGAACGCCCAAAAUGCCGUGCGAACAUUAGAAGAGGUCCUGGGCGAGUCUCUGCAAGAGUACUUUUAAAACUGUUCAUAUCUGUAAUAUAAAACCUAUACAUA